CCAGCAUUUAGUAUCACUUCAUAUUCUUCAUCAGCACUGUAUAAGUAUAAAUGUGUAGGUGAUGGGUCGCACAGGAUCCCGGGGUCAAGUGACCUAGGUGAGAGUCAAGUUUAAUGAUGACUCCAAUAGGUUUAUCAUGAGGAACGUGAAGGGACCUGUCCGAGACGGCGACAUCCUUACUCUGUUGGAGUCUAAGAAGGUGAACCCAGAUGCUCUUGCCUCGAGAUGAUCCCGGGCAGAUGCUGACCGGAAAAAACACCGCCGACUUCCUAGAGGUUGCACGGAUUCGGCUCUUCACUGCCGCCUCGCGCACCGGAAUCGUCUCCGACGCGGAUUCGCCGGCGGGGACGGCAGUUGGCGUACCCAAAACGGAUCUACAGGUUUGGAUUCGUCGGGUAGGAAUUGGGUACGAAUCCGGACGAAUCGGGUAGGAAUUGGGUACGAAUCCGAAAUUGGUAAUUUUUUAAAAAAUAUUUGACCAAUUAGGAUUAGGUUUGGAAAGUAAUUUAAUUAAGCCUAAAUGAUUGAGAGACCUGGAUCCGCCGCUUCUUCCAAGAGCAGAGACUUCUACUGCCGAUUGCAUCUACCGCCGACGGGGGGAGGGAUCCAGAGCUUUAAUUCCGGUUAAUUCCUUUUCUUUUUCCGGCGACAAGGUAAGUUAAUUCCUUUUCUUUUCUAACGAACUUUAAUUUCCCUUGUUUUAGGGAACCAGAGAGACCAGAGCAGUAGAGCACCACUUUGAUGCUCUUUUUUGACGGAUCUGAGCAGAUACCAAAGUAGUAGAACUUUAAUUCUCCUUUCUUUUUUUAUAUUAUUUUAUUAAUCUAGUUUGGACCCUU